UAGACCACGGCUGGAAUGUGGUUUAACCAAUCAGCAUCCACGAUUAAACCCACCCGUUGUAUAAUCUAGGAUACUGUUGUUCAUAAUGUAUUAGAUGACCACAGCGAAUGCAUAUAUUUAUCUUCUACAGGGUCAAGGUUGGGGAGGACCACCUGACCACCUGACUCCACUGCUCCCAACUGACAGAGCGACAGAGAGAGAUGCACACCUGUUCCUUUGGAACACUCAGACGUGUGUUACUAAUCUGGUAACACAGGUUGGGGACCUGGACAAACUUGGCUGCAAGAGGGGUUGGGUCACAGCCACAGCCCAAAGGUGGGUUCCAAGGGAUCGGCAUCCACUAUUCAGAUUCAGUGGGUUUGGAUCAAUUGACCCUCUGAGAUUCAACCUUCUCAGAGCAAACUGAAGAUUCCGGAAGGAUUUAAACUGUGAUUUAGCUGAUUACUGUGUUGUUGAGACAAGAAGACUGUAAAGACAUUGAUUUACUGGAAUUUGUCAUAUCUUCACAAAUGAUAUUUUUUUUUACUGAAACCGUGUGUGGAAACUAACAUUUUCAACUGUCAAAACAGAAAAACCAACAUCCCAAAAACACCCAAGAGUUCACAACCAUUUCAGAAAAUAUGCCCUGCCUUCCGCUUCCUUGUUCAUCUUUGCCCCGCCCCAUAAUGUCCGUAAACCCCACCUUGUUCCUUGGAUUAAUUCUGUUCCUCCAAUGGGGUCCCCCAGGGGCCAGGGCUCAGAAUGACACUGAGCCAAUCGUGUUAGAGGGGAAGUGCCUGGUGGUUUGUGACUCCAGCCCCUCGUCGGAACCGUCGGGUAACGCUCUGGGGAUGUCGGUGCGGUCGGGGACCGGUCGAGUGGCCUUCUCCACUGUCAGGAACACCAACCACGAACCCUCGGAGAUGAGCAACCGUACUAUGACCAUAUAUUUUGACCAGAUCCUUGUGAAUGUGGGCAGCCAUUUUGAUCCAGCACGGAGCAUCUUCGUGGCUCCUAGAAAAGGAGUGUAUAGUUUCUGUUUCCACGUGGUCAAGGUCUAUAACCGACAGACGAUUCAGGUGAGUCUGGUUUUAAAUGGACACCCGGUCAUCUCAGCCUUUGCCGGGGACCAAGACGUGACCAGGGAAGCAGCCACCAACGCUGGCCUGGUCACCAUGGAGAGAGGAGACAAGGCUUAUCUCAAACUGGAGAGAGGGAACCUGAUGGGGGGAUGGAAAUACUCCACCUUCUCAGGGUUUCUGGUGUUUCCUUUGUAAGGAGGGAGGGAGGGAG